AUGGAUUGUUUAAUUUCUACAGUAAAGUCAUUUAUUACUGAGAUAAAUGACAGACUGAGCUUUACGAACUGCAUUCCAGGAAUAACUGAUAACAAGAGACGAAAAAGGCAUUCGCUAUCACUAGAUGCAACAUUUCAUCUCUCUUACUUGACAAAUAGAAAAGCUGAGAUUGAAAGUAUGUUGGAAUAUUUAGAAACUUUCGUGUUGAACCAUCCUUAUAAUGAUAAAGUUGUAUUCAAACUUGAAAUUGAAGACUCAUUCAUUUGCCUUCAUUCAUGCGUUAAAGAUUGUAUGAAAUGCAGGAGUUGA